AUGGCGCAGGAUUCGCAGAAUCCAUCCAAACCAAAAUGGGGAGUGGGAUCGUUCUUUCAACAGGCAGUUGCAGGUGUCGAAUCUCGGCUGGACCACAUUCUGUUGGACGAGGAGGAGAGACAGAAAAAUGCGGCUGCGAAUGCGAAGCCUCAAGAGGCUGAGACCAAAAAUACGCCAUUUACAAGGUCUCCAGCUGGCUCAAUCUCUCGUAGCUCCUCAAAUGCGCGAAGAAACGAUCGGCUGCAAGAGCGCCUGGCGCGUGCCAUGGUUAAAUCGAAUACGACAAACUGGAACACACAGUCUUCGCCGAGCCGCUCAUCGCCAGCUGCGAGCCCACGACCGAGCAAUGAUGCGCGACGGAGCAUAGACGUCGAUACCACUCUAGCAUCCUCCACGGAGAUUGUUGAUGAAAGUCUCAAGAGCCCAUUGAAUACUGAAGAAGGGACAGAAUCGGAGGCAAAUUUGCCGGAGCCCAAUUACGAUUCCGGAACAUCGAUAAGAAAUUCUACAGAGAUGAGCGUUGCAGAAUCACUGCCGCGGGCUUCGAGCGACGUGGGAGAGCGACCAGACAACUUGAAUAGUACCAGUGAGGGACUUACAGAGUCCCAGAUAAUUGGAGAUUCCGUGAUUCGUGCCUCGGUAGACAGUCCACGGAUAAGCGUGGACAUGCCGUCGGAAACUGACCUCAAUGACGAGAAAACAGCCGAAUCUGAGAGACAGGAGGAGAUACACGGAUACAUCGAACGCAUCGACGCACUACAGUCAAAGCUCAAAUACCUCGCCAAAGAAGCUGCCGAAUCAGCCAGAAAUGCAGCUGCUAGCGCUUCACCAGGCAGUGCCAAGAAACAGCUGCUAGAGAAGGACGAAAAGAUUGCAUUGCUACUCGAAGAGGGACAGAAGCUUUCGAAGUCGGAGAUGGACCAUCGCACCGUCAUCAAGAAGCUUCGCCAACAGCUUGUUGAUAACACCAAGAGUCAGACAGAUAUAAAGAAGAAGAACGAGAAACUAGAACGAGAUUUUGCCAACUUAGAAGCGAGAGCGAAACGAGCUGAGGCUGCAGAAAAGAGAGCGACUGAAUCUUUGUCAUCGCAAACAAAAACCACCAAAGACUUUGAUGCAGUGUCAAAUGAGCGGAAUGCGCUGAACCAGACCGUCUCUGAAAUGAAAGCACAGCUGAGUCGAGCUCUUGCGCGUGCCGAAGCUGCCGAGGCCAAGGCUCAUUCUGAUGCGUUGGAACAAGAGAAGCGCAAAGCUGAUGAGUUGGAAGAGGAGCUGGCAAAUACAAAGAUCGAGCGAGAUAUCAGUGAGGAGAAGGGGAAGAAGGAGAUCGCUGAAUUGAAGGAGAAGCUUGACCAGGAGAAAGAACGCGCACGUAUGCUUGAAGCAGAGUUGAAGGGUGAGCAGUCAGUCUUGGAAAGCAAAAUGGAGAGUCUUCGGACUCGGGCAGAAGAAGCGUCAUCUGGCGCAACUGGGGAGACCCAGGCCAAGCUUUUGCGACAGAUUGAAACCCUACAGACUCAAUAUUCGGUCGCCAGCGAGAAUUGGCAUACUCUGGAAGGCUCGUUGCUUUCUCGAUUGGCCAAUGUUGAGAAAGAACGGGAUGACCUUGGUCGAAAAGAAGGUGAUCUUAGGAAGAAGAUUCGGGAGUUGAAUCUGAAAACCAAGAAGCUGGAAGAGGAGAUUGAGACGGCCAAAGAGGCCGAGCACGAUGUGGAGAACAAACUCGAAGAGCGGAUGCAGGAAUUGCAGAAGAUGCAACAAAAGCUGGACAAGGCUCUUGAAGACCUUGCUACCGCCCAAAAAGACCUUGUGGAGCAAAAGAAGGUCUGUGAUGCCUCGUGGGCACAGAAAUUGGAAGACGAACGAACCAAAUGGCGGGAGCAAAUGAACAACCUGCCUCAACCUAGAGGUGUAUCCCCCGUCCAAUCUUUACGGCGAUCAAGUAAUCUAGACACCGGCCCAUCGAGUCUAUAUGAUCAUCGUCCUUCUAGCCGUCGCUCGUCCACCAUGCCCGCAGCCUCGCCAGAUAUUGGCACACCACCGCGCCAGAACUCCUACCCAGCAUCAAUUAAUCAGGGAACGCUCUCUCCUCCCCCAAUCAACACCAUCAUGGAGACUCCUUCAAUCACAUUUGAGCCAGACGAAUUUUUCGGCUCUGCCACUCCGGCUACUCCAUCCAUGUAUGGCGGUACACAGGCCCUACCAUCGCGCGGUAUCAACGAUAUCAUUUCCGAGUCAACUGUCGGCGCCGGCCCAUCAGUGCAGUUAGUCGAGCGCAUGAGCGCUACCGUUCGUCGGCUAGAAAGUGAACGUGCCGGGUCCAAGGACGAGCUGGCGCGUGUCACGGCCCAGCGCGAUGAAUCCAGACAGCAAGUCGUGGACCUCAUGCGCGAGCUAGAGGAAAAGAAAAACGCAGACUCCCGCGUGGAGGAACUCAAUGCCAGACUUGAGGAGAUCGAUCAACGAUACCAGACUACCCUCGAGAUGCUGGGCGAAAAGAGCGAACAAGUCGAAGAACUUGAAGCUGACAUUGCUGACUUGAAGAAGAUCUAUCGCGAAUUGGUGGAUAGCACUAUGAGAUGA